GUAAUAAAAAAAUACCUGAGAAAUGUUGAAUGUAAUGGAGUAGUGUGAGAAUAAGUUAAAUUUGAAGAGUGAUUAAAGUUGUGGGUGAAGGAGUGGUUUAAAUAAAGUAAAAUGUGAGUGAUAAGUAAGAAGAUGAAGGGGUGGGUGAAGUUAGAUGAUUUAAUAGACAUUGAUGACAUAGAUCCUGUACUUGACAUCUCUUUCAUUGACAUGUUGGAUGGGUGCGAGGAAAACAACUACACAACGGGGCAUUGUUUUGAGAUGGACAUGUCUAGAGAGCUAUGUGUUGAAGAACACGGAAUUGAUGGAAAUGUUGGAAAUGUUGGUCCAGAAACAGCGGUGUUGAACAUGCCGGCCAUGGGUAACUUGUCCACACAUGAAGAGAAUGAAAGUGAUGGCAAUGUUCGAAGAAGUGAUGAACUCCCAGUCCCUGUAAGCCUUGUCCCUGAUGUUGGGAUGAAGUUUUCGAAUUAUGAUGCCAUAUAUGAAUUCUACCAUACUUAUGCAAAGGGAAUGGGGUUUCCCAUUAAAAAGAGAAGUUUGAGGAGGGGAUGUCAUGGAACAAUACGUUCUAUCACAAUCUCAUGUGGUAGAGAAGGGAAUAGGGUGAGCCGAUCUAAGAAUUGUCUAAAGCCACAAGCCCGAUCCAAUUGUGGUUGCAAAGCCCGAAUUACGGCAACAUGUGAUGAUGAAGCAGUGGUUGAAGCAGGAGGGUACGAUAAAUUGUCCUUUAUCGAAAAGGAUUGUAGGAACUACGUAGAGCAAGUGCGAAGGGUGAAGCUUUGUACAGGGGAUGCCAUGGCCAUACAAGCAUACUUUUGUACAAUGCAAGCUAAAAGUGACGGGUUUUUUUAUAGCAUGGACCUUGAUGAAAACUCAAAAUUAAAAAACCUAUUUUGGGCAGAUAAGAGGUCUCGUCUUGCUUACAAGUACUACGGAGACGUUGUGACAUUCGAUACGACAUACCUCACAAACAAGUACGAUAUGCCGUUCGCACCGUUUGUGGGUGUUAACCACCAUGGGCAAUCAAUACUUCUAGGUUGUGGCUUAGUUUGUUGCGAAGAGACAGAAUCUUUUGUGUGGUUAUUUCAAACAUGGCUCAAGUUCAUGGAUGGAAUACCACCACGUGGUAUCAUAACAGACCAAGACAGGUAUGUCUACUACCCAACGGAGCGAGAGCAUCAAUGCUUUUUUGAUGGCUACGUCCACUCCAAAACAACACUUACACAAUUUGUUAACCAGUAUGAGCGUGCAAUGAGGAAGAGAGUUGAGGAUGAAUUCCAGGCAGAUGCACAAUCUUUUGGAAAAAGUAUGCCUUGCGUGACAACAUUCCCCAUGGAGAAUCAAGUGCAAGAAGUUUAUACCUCAGCAAAGUUCAUAGAAUUCCGAACGGAAUUAACAAGUAAGAUGUACUGUGACAUUUCUUCUUGUGAGAAUGGUAUCAAGUACGAAAUCGAUGAUGAUGUUUGUGGCAAAGAUUUAGCUGAAUUGGCAAACUUGGUGGCGGAUGAUGAAGAGCAGGUCAAUGAGGUAACAGAAUGGAUUCGCGACAAAGUGCUUCUAUCUCGGUCAAGGAAAGCAAAAAAUAGCUGCCCGAUGGAUGUAAAUAUAGAUGAUCCCAAUUUGGCAACCAUCAUUGACCCCGCAUGUUCCAAGCAGAAGGGCGCCCCUCGUAAACUUCGAUUAAAGUCGAUGGUGGAGAAAAAAACUCGGAAACGAAAGAUCAACAAAAAAGAGAAAGGCAACGGAGCAAAAGAAAUUUCAAGUCAACAUUCAAGUGAUGCAUCACCUCAUGUUCUAGUGGCACCUCAAGCGUGGGAUGUCCCAGGUGACGAUGGGGUAUUUGACCUUACCAUUACAAACCUGGACUUGUCUUUAGCCAUUCCAUAGUUUCGAAGGGUAUGGAUCCUUAUUUUUGUGUAAAUACGAUUUUGUAUGUAAAUGUCACAGACAUUCCUCACGCAGAACAUUGUGGUUACAGACAUUUAAUGUCUGUGCGUGGUAGUAUAUUUAUGUCUGUGUGUAUAUGUAUUUUAAGUGUCACGAUUUUUUGGUCAAAACAUGAAGAUGCUAGUAAGGACAUGUGCAAAUUUUCAAACACAAGAUAUCUUUGACAUUGUGGGUAUAUUUAUAAAACAGAUACUUCUAGCCUAGGACAUGGUUAAAAAAGACACUUCUCGCCUAUGACAAAAAUAAACAUUGGGUAUACUU